CUUGUGUGAAUAAAAUAAUUUUUGAACGCAAUAAAAAAUUUACUUCUUCGGGUAAAAAUACGAGUUAUUAAAAGAAGAAAGUGUUUUUUGAAGAGAGUGUUUUUUGUGUUGGUGGAGUCAAAUUAGUCUGCGAUUUUGAAAUGGGAGUUACGAUUUACCGUAUUCGGAUUUUGUCGGUGCAUCUUGUUUACGUCUUGUACUCGGCGAUAUUAUGGUGGCGUUUAAUCAAUAUCGGGAAAAUGACGGAUCAUCCUGAAUCUCAAACAAAGUUGGCGUUUGGUGCUUGGGUGGCGCCGUUUCUUGUGGUUAACUUUUUGAUUUGCUACUCCGCGCUCAGUAAAAGUCCGAGUGCACUUCUGCAGAGAACAUGGUGCAACAUUCCAAUGCUGGUCUUUAUUGGAUUCAACUUACCCCCAUUCGGAUUCACAUUAAAGCAUCUGUAUGAAGCCACGGAAGUAGAGAAUGUUCGUCUUCAAAAACAUUUUAAUCAAACUUGCGUCAAACUAAAAGAAGUUCCAAUGUCAGAUUUCAUCCUCCUACAAAUGGUGAUGCCAAUACUUCUUGCUACUUUUAUCACAUAUCCACUCCCUCGCAGAGGUUAUACUUCGUCCGAAUAUCUCGGUAUUGCUGUUGAAUUUAUGAAUGCCUUCGAUAUUAUGGACAUGAUUGUUGAUGUGUCUUUUGUAGAGAAGUAUGGAACAAAAUGGGUCGUUUUAUUUUACCUGUCUCUUGGUGUGUCAGCUGUACUUGUAGCGUUUCCCAUUAAAAUUGAGAAUGAAGAUUUCGUUUGGCAGCGCCAAUUUGUGAUAUGUGCUCAUUCUGAACUGACGUUAAAUCACGGGAAUUCCAUGUCUAGUAUUUUGACGGCGCCGUACGUUAUAGAAACAGAAACUUCUAUGCAUAGACGCAUCAGUAUAUCGCCCAUGGUUGAUACAGGCGAAAAACCAAAUGAACAAUGUGCGGAGAAAAAGAACAUUGACAUACCUGUCGGUACAUUCCAUGUGGAGGAAAAAGUGGAGAAGAACAAUUUAAAGAUAGAGUAUAAACAUACGAAGGAAGAUCAUGCGGAUGAUGAUCCAAGUCAAAAAAAGGUGAAAUCCAUUGAGAAGACAAAGAGAAGAGAAAAACGUGUGCAAAAAAAAUCCGAGAAUUAUUUCACGAGAGAAGUUUGGAGAAAAUUAGUAAAAGCCAUGCUGACAAUGAUUUUUAUGGACAUAUUCUUUGCUUGCAUACGGUUUAAAAUAAUGGUGACAGAACAGUCAGCCGAGUACGGGUUUAAUAUGUUUGUUAAAAAUGUCAUCUUGUCGGCUCUUCAUCUGUCUUACUUGCUUCAGCAUGUGAGAAGUAUUAUUGUAUCUAAACUAGUGGUCGAUAUUGAUAAAUAAAGAAAAUUUAAAUAAACAAAUUUGAUCUCUUGAACGGAUAUGGUUUUGUAAUUCCGGUUAUAAUUCGGAAUAAGGAAAUCGUUCCGUUUAUAUCUACUUCCGUAUUUAUUUUAACCAUCGUAUAGUAACCAUAAUAACUAGGAAAACAAAUUGAUGUUGACUCGAGAAAGAUUUCUUUCUGGUCUUCAAAAUAUCACUAGUAUUUGCACUGGUGUAGUUUUUUCUUCUUUUGGAUAUUUUAUAUUUCUGCGAUGUAUAGGCGCAGUGCAGGUGUAAUGAGGCGUAUAUCUCCUCGGAUACAAAGUAUGUACAUUUUUCAAUAGUUAACAUCGGUUUUUUGCAUCGCUUUUA